AUGGCCGGCCCAGGAUUUCACCCCCACCCCCCAUCACUCCUUCACCGCGGUCUCGCCAAGGCCCUCGGUGCUGGCAUGUGGUUCUUCAUCUUCUACCGUGCUAGACAAGACGGUGCUGCUCUUAUCGGUCUCAGACAUCCUUGGGACGGACAUGGACAUGGCGAUGCCCACCACUAG